AUGCUCAUUUUGAUCAUAACUUCUUACUGCAUUAGUCCGUGGUUUACAGUAGAAAUCAAUUGCGAAGAUGAUACGCCAAUGGAAAGGAAAGCAGUUAUUUCCGCUGGUUUAUGGGAUCGGUGCAUAGAACUCUCGGACAAAAUCGACGAUACCGGAGCUCAUUGCAAAAAAUGGGACAGAACAUCCCUUCUUGAUAACAACUGGACUGACUGGGAGAGAGAAGGCUGCUACGAUAACUUUUUUAAAGCCACUUUAAAGAGCUUCAAUAGAAACUCUCUUUGGAAUGCGGCCGCAAUGAUGCUCUUCGUGGGAAACACCUUUAUCCUCUUGCCAAGUGUUACUGUUUUGCUUAUUCCGACGCAACAGAAGUUUUCGAGUGACAUUGCAGUCCUCACUCACGAGAAAUCAAAACUUGUUGUUGAAAACUUUUCCAUCUCUUUUCCUGCAUAUUUGGCUUUACUGGGAAUUUUGGCCAUUUACAUCGUCAUCUUCACCUCUUUCCUCCGCUUCUACCACUUCCCAUAUCCCUAUACAGAAGAAAAUAGAAAGAAACUCGACAAAAUCAUCUCCGAGUACCAAAUUCUCGGGACAAAGAAAUGGGACGAGUACAAUAAACGGCAGAAAAACCGAGAAGAAGAUUUGCUACAAGAACUUGAAGUAGACGCCAUCAGCGAAAAUUCACGCGAAGACUUUUCCUCGAUCGGGACGAAAUCGCCCAUGCCAAGCAUUGGUCGAGUCAGCGGAUUCUCAACGCUCGAAGCUGUUUCAGAAAUGGACGAGAAAAAUGACAACUUUGAAGACUUCAAUUGA